AUGAGUGAGCGAGGUUCGGAGAUUGUGUUUCGUGCGGAGAACGUGCCGAUCCGGUUCUUCAAAGCAUGCCGAUGGUGUCGCCGACAAAAGAUGCGAUGCGACGCACGUCACCAGGUGCCAUGUUUUCGCUGUCGCUCCACGGGCCGUGACUGUAUCUUAGAUCCGAUUGAAGACAACCGACGGCGUAGUGAUCGCCGAAGAAAAGGCACCCCUGCACGAUAUAGUGGCUCUUCAAGAGCUUCACCCCUGGACCAAAGGGGUGGCUUUCAUACCCCUGUGUCAAGAGAACAAGAAUAUUCUCCCAUCACUAGGCAGGAUGCUAGCUUUGACGCUUCAAUUGACUCCCUUCCAGAUUCCUCCGCCUUGAGGGAUCUGCGGAGAUCUGUGACGGCAGAUCAUAAUGGCCCCGAGUCGCAGCAGCUAAGCCCGAAUGAUAUGAUUGCGCCGCAGUCAGCAGUUCAUUCCAUGUCUGUGAACUUGCUUGGUUCAAACAACAUUUUCAUGGAGCACUCAACAAAUGGCGAUCCCAGGGGUGACAUUAUCGCUCGAGGUAUCGUGACAGAAGAGCGAGCUCGGGUCAUGUAUGAAAGGUUUACCGGCGGGAGCAAGAAUUUCUUACCUCUGUUCGACCCCAUCCGUGAUACAUUCGACUCGAUCCGAUCGCGCUCCUUGUUCUGCUUCACUGUGAUUAUUUAUCUCUCCAGUCGGGCAGUCAUGGAUUUACGCGGUGACACCCAUAUGCAAUGUGUUCUCCAGGACGAAGCACAACGACUGGCUGAAGAUAGCUUUUUUGAACGCCCAACUAAACUUGAAACAGUUCAGGGAAUGAUUCUCCUCGCGGCCUAUUCAGAGAAAACUUGGUUUUCAACCGCACUUAUCCUACGCACGGCGUUAGACUCUGGGCUCGAAAAGUCCUUGGACACAUUACUCUCACAAGAAAACGUCCCGCGGAGCUCGCUUGCCGCCACCAUGGACGAUCGUCAAUUGGUUUGGCAGACACGGACUUGGCUCAUUACUUUUACCUUGGAACUCGAUGUAGCUUCUGGAACCGGCCGCAAAUCACGUAUCGGGGAGGUGGAUAUCACGAAACUGCGCAAAUUCCUGGACUACCCACUCUCAUUACCGUGCGAUAUGAGAACUGUAUGCAUCAUCGAGAUACAUCAGCUUCGGGGUCAUUCGCGGAUCAUCCUGGAGAAUGCAGCAACUGUCCGUGAGAUAGUAAUGGUAGAACUUCCAGCUAUUAUGGCAAGGUUUUUAACAUGGUGGAAGACUUGGGACGAGAUCCAUCAGAAUAAUGGCUUUCAUGCUGGGGCAUUCCAACGAAGUAGUCUUAAAUUGAUGCUUCUCUACGCCAGGAUUUUUGCAUUGUGUACGUCUCUGGCACGUAUUCAGAAACUGCAACCUACUGGCUCCAACUCUGAAUCAGAAGUGAUUGACCAGAGUGUCAUGAAUCUGUGGCAAACUCUGGUCACAACUAUCCUUGAUCAGUUAGCAUUUUUGAUCAAUGAGCCAUCCUAUCGAUGCCAACUACCUUGGGCCCCAACCUACCCCGCGCUUACAAUGGCAUUUGUCACCACGUUUGCACUUCGCAUCGCGCGUUGGCAACCAAAUCUCAUUGAUCAAGAUCUUCUUCUUGAGAGAGCGGAGAAAAUGUGCGACUUCUUGAAGCAGCCUCCAUAUCCAGACAUUCACCGGACGGUCUCGAUAUUCGUGAAUUAUGCCAGGGCACUGAUCGCCAGUCAACGCCCAGGAAGCCACGAUAGUGAUCCUCCCAACUCGUCCAGCCAGGGAGAUGCCACCAUGGCCUCCUACUCAGGCCCAGAUAGCCCUGUGGAAAAUGCCCCGCAUCUGACAACUUUGGAUGGUCCUAGGUACAGGGUCGGCACCGGUGUGCCGAGUGACAAAGACUCGAACUUGAUGAACAUGCCAAAUCAUGAUGCUGCACCUGCACCUGCAUCUGCACCUGCCAGACCCCCUCUUCCAAGGCUGCCCGACACGAUGGAAGCUCCGAACUGGACGAUGUCAAAUUCCAUCGCGGAUUCAUUUGCUGACUCUGUAAUGAAGUCAGCCUCUUCAACGGAGAAAGAAAAGAAUGAUGGCGAUUACACACUAGUUGAUCUUUCUCCCCAUGAAACAUUGGUUGAGUUCCAAGAGGACUCCCAGGCAAAUCCAAACAAUUGGUCUUUUAAUAAAAAACUGUAUAAUGCAGUCGUGGCGCAGCUCAUUGUACUGAACAGCGGCAUAUCAUCUUCUCUGCCCAGCAACGCAGUGCCCGCCAUCAUGGAAGAUUUCAACGUAAGCGGAGAUGGACAAAAGGUCUUGCCAACUGCCAUCUUCCUGAUAGGGUAUUGUGUCGGCCCAUUAGUUUGGAGCCCAUUAUCCGAGACCAUCGGUCGUCAACCGAUUCUUUUCUGGACCUUCACUGUUUUUGUUCUUGGCACGCUUGCUUGUGCCUUUGCGCCCAAUUGGCCCGCACUAUUGGUAUUUCGAUUAAUAUGCGGGACUAUGGCUGCUGCGCCUCAGACAGUGGUUGGGGGAGUUUUUUCGGAUCUUUUCAAUGAUACAAAAAGCCGCGGCAGGGCUAUGGCGCUUUAUAUGGCGGCUUCAAGUUUUGGGCCAAUCAUUGGACCCAUCAUAUCUGGCUGUUCUGUUAAGUAUGGUUGGCGUUGGACAUUUCGAAUUGACGUGAUACUAUGUGGAAUCGCAUGGGUGGGGUUCUGCUUCUUCAAAGAAACAUUUGCUCCGACUUUACUCAAAAAAGAAGCGGCAAGACUGAGAAAAGAGACCGGGUCAAACCGAUAUCUUUCUCCGCAGGAAUUGAAGUCCGAUGAGGCGUUUACUUUGACGGAGACCAUCACCCGCCCUCUUGCGAUGCUGCUCUUUGAGCCCAUCAUUCUCUUUACAUCAGUCUACCUCUCUUUGGCAUGGAGCAUGGUAUUCUUCUACUUCCAGGCAUAUCCCAUAAUCUUUGAGGGCACGUAUAACUUCACCGUUGAGUACACAUCCCUCACAUACAUUCCUAUCGGCCUUGGCGCUGCAUCCUCCUGCAUAUUCGCCCUCUACUACGACAAAAUCUACAACAAAGCCAAGAAGGCUGGGAAGCGGUGGGCGUCCGGGCCUGAAUCCCAAAGACUCCCAAUGUCCUGUAUAGCUGCUCCCUGUCUUACAGUCAGUCUUUUCUGGCUCGCUUGGUCCGCAAAAUCCAGCACCCCCUGGAUUAUUCCUGUACUCUCGGGGAUAGUAUUCGGGCUGGGAUAUCAAACCGUAUUCAUAUCACUUCUGACAUACGUUACCGAUGCAUACAAGAUUUACUCUGCCAGCGCAUUAGCAGCCUCUGUCAUUAUGCGCAGUGUGGCUGGUGCGCUUUUUCCUCUUGCUGCUGACCCGCUUUAUGGGAAGCUUGGUGUUGCAUGGGCUACUUCGGUUCUUGGUUUUGCUAGUCUGGCUUGCAUCCCGAUUCCGUUUGCUUUGUUUUAUUAUGGGCCUUGGAUUCGGAAACAGAGUCCUUUCUGUCAGCGGCUGCUGGAGAUUGAGUUGCGGAAGUCCUCGAGGUCGUCGAGUGGGACACGCACGCCUCAGGAGCUCGAAGUCUAG